UAAAAUUCUAGGGUUUUAACUUAUUAUAUAAGCUAGUAAAACCCAGCUCAUUGUACCCAAUUUCAGCGCCGCCCGCCGUCAUUGUGUACACCUAAACCCUAACGUUCCUCCGUCGCCGGCGACAAUGGGUAUCUCUCGUGAUUCUAUGCACAAGAGACGUGCUACUGGAGGAAAACAGAAGGCUUGGAGGAAGAAGAGAAAGUAUGAGCUUGGCAGACAGCCAGCAAACACAAAGCUGGUGCCAAAUGCUAAGACUGUUAGAAGAAUAAGAGUCCGAGGAGGUAAUGUGAAGUGGCGUGCAUUGAGGUUGGAUACUGGGAAUUACUCUUGGGGUGGCGAGGCUGUUACAAGGAAAACUCGUCUAUUGGAUGUGGUGUAUAAUGCCUCCAACAAUGAGUUGGUUAGGACACAAUCCUUGGUGAAGAGUGCAAUUGUUCAGGUUGAUGCAGCUCCAUUUAAACAAUGGUAUCUCCAGCACUAUGGAGUUGAGAUUGGCCGCAAGAAGAAGGCUGCUGCUUCCAAGAAGGAAGGAGAGGAGGCUGAGGCUGUACCAGAGGAGAAGAAGAGUAACCACGUCCAAAGAAAGCUGGAAAAGAGGCAACAGGAUCGCAAGAUUGACCCACACGUUGAGGAGCAAUUUGCUAGUGGGCGUUUAUUGGCGGCAAUCUCAUCACGACCUGGCCAGUGUGGUCGUGCUGAUGGUUACAUCUUGGAGGGUAAGGAACUCGAGUUUUACAUGAAGAAACUUCAGAAGAAGAAAGGGAAGGGCGCCGGUGGUGCUGCCUAAAGUUGCAGGCUCCAAAUUUUAAAUUAUCUGAAGUUCAGAACAAAUUAGAUUUGAUUUUUGUUCCCUAUUGAACAGUCUCACUUCAUUUGAAAGGGGAUGAUAAACUUCUUGUAUCUGAGUAUCAAGUUUGUUUUGCAUAUGGUUAACUGACAGUUUUGAGAACCACUACUUAGUUGAAAAAAGAAUUUUGACAA